AUGAACUCCAAGUACGAGAGUACUGCAUUCGAGGAGUGGGAUGAUUGGUGCGGACCUGUGGAUUUCGAUGGUAUAUCCACCCAUGUGCCCUCAACGACUGUGUAUGACCUUCCAAACGAUCGCCGGUCACAAUUGCCAGUACACCUUCCCACAGAAUCUCUCGGCCAGCACGCGAACUUCGUCAGCGGCGCCCACGGCACGUAUUUUGAGUCGUACUCUAGCUAUGGCUACAUCCCGCAACAUCUCUCAGGUCAAGGAAUGCCAUGGCCUGCUUCGACUACGCCGCCAGAUGCUGGCUUACUCUCAAGCCCUUCUGCUUCACCCACCCAAGGACCCUACAGUGGCCACGUGCAGAAUACCGGUGCAUCUCCAUGGAGCGCCUAUGAUCAGCAACAUGAGCAAGCACAUUCGCUCAUGAAUCUCGAGAUCACAAGGCGUGCAUCAGACCCUGUUGAAGCUUCUCCUUCAUGGCUCGGCGCGCACAUGGAGCCAGGACCACGAAUCCCAACAUCUGACAAUGCUAUAGCGAGGACAGACCCUCCUCCACAACAGACUUCUGACGAAGCGAUUCCACGCCGGCAGAACCCGAAAUUUGUCAAUGACCAGUACACAGCACGCUGGGUUAGGGGCGACGGGACUGAGCGCGAGGGCUGGUGCGGUCUAUGCUCAUCAUGGCAUAAACUCAAAGAUUCUGCGUACUGGUACCACAUGCACUACACCCACGGGAUAAGCUACACCACCGGUAAAGAGUUUGACAAGCCUGUCGAAUGGAGACCUGCCAAUAGUGCUGCAGGCGCUGAGGCGCUAUGCGGCGGCUGCCGUCAAUGGAUAUACAUCGGCAGACACGAUGGAGGGAAAUGGAAGACGCCCUACUAUCGACAUGCCUACCGGUGUCAAACCAAGAACAAGGCCAAUGGCCAGUCAAUCCGGAAUAGACCGAAGAGUACCUCGCCACGACGAUCGGCGGCCAAACAGGUCAAGCGAUUGUGA